GACGAAAAGCUAAGAUUGCUUUUAGAGAUACAUGUAUCUCAAGGCAAGCAGAGCCUCAUGUUUCUGUUCGCGUAUAAUUAAAGCACGGAUCCAGACGCACCAAUAACUGAUCGGAUCGAAACGCACCAAUUCUCGGCUUGCACUGUCACGCAAUGAAAAAUAAAAAUGCAAACCAUUCAAUACAGAAGGACUAGAAUCUGGGAAAUGAAAAAAGAUAAAUAUACAAAAACCGUUGCCAAGAAUCAGGUCUGUGAAAUAUUUCAAACGCGAGAUAUUGGGAAAAACGGUUUACCUAAAUUUAUAAAGCUUUGUAUGGAAACGCCAUGUUGGUGUCCGUUUCAGGAACACCAAUAUGGCCGCCGGAUACCAACAGAAACAUCUGUUUUCGAGUUUUCCUACUAAUGCGUGAAUUCUUCGCUUGAGGAACUCAUAAAGAUUACAGUAAUAUUUAUUCUGAGACAAGGAAUGUUUAGAUUGCAAAAUCUCCCAAAAUCGGUAAUGUUUUUAACCCACAUAAGAGCUUUCCCGGUCGCCAGCUAAAUGCCGCGUCACGCAAAAGCCUGGAAAUUCAAGCGUCCUCUGUCGCAAAACGAAGAACCUUUUCGAACCAAAAAUUUGUUUAUGUAAAGAUGUUUAGCUACUGUAAUACCUCGUGAAAGUAGAAACUCAGAAGAAUCGAUAGUUUCUUAGUUUGAUUUUUGGUGACGUCACGUGCAACCCAAGAAUUACUGAUUACGAGUCUUCAUAGCCAAUAACAUCACGGCUUAACUGACAGACGACCAAUAACAUCGCGACGUAAUUGACCAAUCAGAUGAAUAACCAGAGUAUAGUACCAUCAACUGACGUGAUACAAUUCACUUUGACUCUGAAGAUGACUACCGCACAGGUUGUUGAAACGUCAGUCACUGUCGACAACAACAGUCCUCUGCAGGACUUCGUUCACCAGGACGAUCAAACUCAACCUACUUUUAAAAUUAAAGGGUUAUAAUUUAGCAGAACAAAUUACCUUGUAAACAGUAAUGGCUGUGUACUUGAAAACAUCAUCUUCCUCAUCAUUAACAAGAGGUGCCUGUAAUUCGGGUUCAGUUUCUUUUUGCUUUGGGAAAAGUAAUCAAAACGUAAUAACAUAAAUGUGCCUUAAAAUUUAAAAGAACUCUCUUGAUGACGCAUGGCCUAUUGCCAACCCUCUUACCGAGUUGCUUCCCAAAGAAGAGACAGAGGUUGUUUUCUUCUCAAAACAUAGAUCGUUGUAGUCAAUCUUCCACAAGAGACGUUUGAGUUCUCGCUCCAAUCUGUAUUGCCUGUAAAGUAAUAACGAUAAUGACAAUGAUGAUGAUAAUGAUAAUGAUAAUGAUAAUGGUGAUGAUAAUGAUGAUGAUGAUAAUGAUGAUAAAGAUGAUAAUAAUGAUGAUGAUGAUAAUGAUGAUAAUGAUAAUGAUAAUGAUAACGAUAAUGGUGAUAAUAAUGCUGAUGAUGAUGGUGAUGAUAAUGAUAAUAAUGAUGAUAAUAAUGAUGAUGAUGAUAAUGAUGAUAAUGAUAAUGAUGAUGAUAACGAUUGCAGUCCUUUGUGGUUAAUGUUUGUAAGAUAA